UGUAUUCACGCAAGUACGCUUGACCUUUACUACUAACCUGUGUGACUGGCAUAUUAUUCUUUCAUUAUGGGGGGUUGUAUGUCAAGAAAAGAGAUCCCUGAUGAAAUUUAUAGAUAUUGGUCUGCUGUAGCAUCUUCUCUUCGCCUCGGCUGGCUUGGGACGAAUAACGUGAGGACGGAGAUGAAAGCGUGCCAACUUGCUCUUUUCCCUAAUCUGUUGAACUCCUCAGCUGUAGAAGAAGAUAUACUUGGCCUGGAGGAACAUCUACGAGAGGGUGCUGAUGUCUCAAGUAGUGAUGAGCGAGGUCGGACACCUCUUCAUGUGGCAGCAGGAGAAGGCCAUUUAAACGCUGUUCGCUUCUUGCUGCAGCAGGGAGCAGAUGUGAAUGCCACUGACUUUUAUGAAGAAACUCCACUUCGAGAUGCCAUACGCUGCAAGAGUUUGGAGGUGGUGGAGCUGUUAAUUUCUGCAGGGGCACGUUUGGAAAAAUCCUCAGAGGAACUUGGGGUUGAGAUGUGCUGUCUUGCAUUCCUUGGAGACACAGAACAGAUGGGGGCGUGGAAGAAGGCUGGAGUCAGUUUUAAUGUUUCUGAUGCUCACGGUCGAACUCCCUUACAUGUGGCGGUGUGUACCGAUCAACCUGAAAUGGUAAAGUUUUGUAUCCGCAAUGGAUCCGAUCUUGAGAACUUUGUGGAUCCACCAAAGCCGUCAAGCAUGAAGUUAAUUAGCUGUGGAGGAGGCAUCUCUGUUCAUCCCCCACACACUGCUGUCUCAUUUCUGUCCCCACUGGAGAUCACACACACACCCUCACAUACACAUUGCAGAGUCUCUUCACACAACAAACACACUUUGUACUGUUUGCCAGCUGGUGGAGUCACUCUCAGGCCUUAGAGCACAUCCCAAGUCAGUCUUUGUGUUUAACUUUUGUCACCUCUACCUGUACUGUAGUCCUGAGAGCAGAUCCCAGAUCAGUCUGUGUGCUGAUCUUUCAGGUGGGUGACAUAAUUAAUGGAUAGAAGUGAAUAGAGCUAAAAAACUACUUCUAGAACUUUUAAAAACUUAUUGGGAAAUCUCAUAAUGUCAGGGUUGGAGAGCAUUCCAUACCUGUCAAAUGUAAUUUUAAUGUCAUUUUUUAAAUGGAAAGACUUAUCUAAAUCGGUGGUGCUGAUCUUUUUAAAACUGACUCAUGAAGGCUAACUGAAAAGUAACUUGGAAAAAAACUAAAGACAUUUGGGAAACGUUUGUCAUUAUAUAACGGUUUCAGUCCUGCAAUUUGAUUGACUAAGUGGUGUCCUAUAGGACUGAUUUUUUUUUAUAUACUGUUUUUGUCACUUUGCUUGUCUGUGUUUGUGUGUUCCAGACACACUGUCAGUCUGUGCAUCAGGGGCAUUCAGUCCAUAAAGCUGUGAAUGUUCUGCAUACCCAAGUCAUUUAAAGAAUGAGUUCA